AUGUUAUCGUGUCUUGUGUUAAAUGAGCUCACCGCUCGUUUACCAAACACGCCGGUUGAUAUCAAGUCAGUUAAAUUACCAAAAAAUAUUCAAUUGGCUGACCCCAUGUUUUAUCAGCCAGCUGCCAUAGAUGUACUAAUAGGUGCUGGUCUCUUCUGUGACAUUCUAGGCAACGAACAACGUUCUCUAGGACCAAACAAUCCUAAGUUAAGGAGUUCACAGUUAGGUUGGAUAAUCUCUGGCCCUAUAAAUUCAGCAGUAUCUAGCAAUAGGAUACACUGUAAUCACGCCAUCGUCUCUUCAUCGCAAAAUGAAAAUAUAGAACAGUUAGUUUCUAAAUUUUGGGAGUUAGAAGAAGUUCCGAAAAAGUCAAUCAUAAGUGAAGAUGAAAGCGAGUGUGAAAGGCACUUUCUCGCUAAUACCAUAAGAGAUGAAGAAGGUAGGUUUUGUGUCAAAUUACCUUUGAAAGAAUCAGUAGAUUGUUUAGGUGAUAUCACUAGACAGAAAACAUUUGUAGCUAAUCGUAUUAGCGAAAUAUUGGAGCAUGCUUCACCGCUAUCAUGGAGAUACGUUCCAACCGAUUUAAAUCCUGCGGAUUUCAUUUCAAGAGAGGUAAAUGCAAAAAACAUCAUGUCAUUGUCACUUUGGUGGUCGGGACCCACAUUUUUACUUGAAAAUGAAAUCAAAUGGCCAGUAUUGAAUGCCAAGGAAUCUGAUCCUUUACCCGAAUUGAAAGUGCACUCUGUAAUAAUUAGUGAACCUUUUUUAGAUUUUGAAAGAUAUUCUUCUCUCAAUAAACUACAACGUUUAUUUUCUUACGUGCAAAGAUUCAUAUUUAACACUAAAAUAGCAAUGCGAAACGCGCAGGUUUAUUAA